ACAUGCUCCUAGACAAUUUGUCGUAAAUUCAAAAUGAGCUUUUGAGCCUAUGCUGAAAAGCUGUUGAAACAAGCUUUCACCUCCGACUGAAAUCACCUCAAACUCAAACCUAAGAUUGAGAUGGGUAGUUUAAGUUAAUAAUUUUGUCGUCAUAAAGCAGGGAAGAACUCUAAAGUAGUUUAAGUUACCCGAUAACAAUGGCAUCACUGCGCUUCCCAUUCUCUUCGUUCCCUCCGCCUAUCAACCCCAAACCCAACUCGUCUCCCACCUCCUCUUUCCGCUUCCUUGCGGCUGCUGGAGCCUCCGUCGCCGGUGCUUGCGCUGCCAUUACAGUCACCCAAAAUUCCGACAAACACCCACUUCUUCAAAAUACCCUCAAUUUCAUUCUCUCUCAUCUCCACUUCACUCCUAAUGCUCCUUCUACAUCUUCCCCCUUCUUCUGUGCUUCUCUUUCUCUCUCCUCUGACGUCACCCCUCCUCAUGUCACCGAAUCCAAAACUGGGGCCUCUUUCCCUUCCCUUGUCAGGGAUUCUCAGACAUUGUUGGGUAUUGGAUUGAGGAGUAAGAGUUUAUUUGGUCUCAAGAACAUCAAUGUCUAUGCUUUUGGUGUAUAUGCUGAUGAGGAUGAUGUGCAGAAGUAUCUGAAGAAGAAAUACGGGAACAUUUCAGCUUCUGAGUUGAAAGACAAUAAGGAUUUCCAUGAUGAUCUGUUGGAAGCUGAUUUAAAUUUGACUGUUAGACUACAAAUUGUCUAUUCUAGAUUAAGCGUUCGUUCUGUGCGGAGUGCUUUUGAAGAAUCAGUGGGAAGCAGACUUCAAAAGUUUGGGGGUCCUGAUAACAAAGAAUUGCUUCACAGAUUUACUUCUCAGUUCAAAGAUGAAAUGAAAUUACCAAAGGGUUCUGUUAUAGAACUCUCCAGGGAACAUGGACAUGUACUACGCACAAAAAUUGACGGAGAAGAUGUAGGGAGCAUUGAGAGUAAACUUCUUUGUCAAUCAGUACUGGAUUUAUAUAUCGGUGAAGAUCCAUUUGAUCGACAAGCAAAAGAACACGUAAUGCACAAGUUGGCGAGUGGUUUUGAGAAGAAUUAACUUUGGUUGGGAAGAGUGGGAUAUGAUUUUGGUAGCCAAGUGACCAGCUGUUGUCAAUGAAGUACUGUAAUGCAUUAGCACCUUGAGAUCCCUGGUAUAUAGGACCUCAACAUAGUCAAUCAAAUUACCACGAUUUAUUUCGUAUCA